GUGCAGAGUGUGUAAGGUGUAUAAGGUCUGUAAGGUGAUGUUCUUGAUAGAAGCAACUUUGUCCACUUUACCCUCUUAUACUUUCUUCCAUCAACUCACUCAUUCUUGUACAUACCAAAUUCUCACCAUGGAGGAAGUCUCUGAAGUUGAAGUCAUUCAAAUGGAAGAUAGCCAGAUUGUCGUUCCUGCUUCCUCAACGACUCUCAUUGACACUGAGGACAAUACUAAUGCACCCGUUGCUACUACUACGGCUAACAACCAAGACGAACCGAGUCCUAUUCGGGACUCUGCUCAGUUGGUCUCCACGAACACCAGUACAGCUAGCUCUGAUAGCAGCGCCAGUACUAACACGCCUGAGGCUACGAUUUCUCGCUCCAAUGAUGUAGAUAUUACCUUUCGUAAGGCUUUAAAAAAUGCCAUCUCAACAGAAAUUCCUAAGAGACUUACAGUACAAGGAACAAUCCCCGAGUGGUUGACAGGAUUCCAUUACACAUUGAGUCCUGGUAUUUUUGAAAUCAAGUACCCAAAAAUGGUUGUCGUCAAUGGAGAUCUCCAGCAAGAGACUCGAUCUUUUAGUUUUGGUCAUUGGUUUGACAACAUCCCACAAGUCAACCAGUUUGCGUUCUCAGGCUCUGACAAUACGAUCAUGUAUAGAUCUACAAAACCCGCGCAUCGUGCUGAAAUGAAAAUCCGUGAACAUCAAGGAUAUUUGCCUAACCAGCCAUCGAGUCUUUUCCAGACAGGCACCAACCAGAGUGUCUUUGCAAGGCUUUUGUCUACGAAUCAAUCCCAAGGAAAGCCCAGUCUGGAACCAUGUGGAGCCUCCAUUGAAGUUUUCCCGCCUUUUAAUGCUGAUGGCCGUCGUACCAUUUAUUGCCAAAAUUUUGCUAACCAUGUUCUUGAGUUAAACACGGAUAAUUUGGAGAAAUGUGGCAUUUUGGCUUGGGACGAAGUCAAUCCUCAAUUCAAAGGAUCACAAGCCUCGCCCCACAGCCAUUUUGACCCAGUUACGAAGGAGCUAAUCAACUUUACGAUGGAGCACGGGUUUCAUAACACACAGUAUCAUUUCUUUUCUAUAACGGAGAAGGAACCACAUGGGACACUAAUUGCCUCCGUCAACGCAAAGUUAAGCCAUGUACAUUCGUUCGCAGUUACACCUCGAUAUAUCAUCUUAGUAGUUAGCCCCCUGAAUCCAUCUGAUGGUGGUGUCAAAUACUCGUGGGGUGCCUCAAUCCUGGACGCAUUCUCGUUUAAACGAACAGAGCCGACCUAUUUCUAUAUCAUAUCACGAGUCAAGAGGAGACACAUUGCAACCUUCAAGUCUGAGGCAUUCUUCUUCCUUCAUCACGUUAAUGCAUUUGAAGAUGAGGCAGACAAUGUCUAUCUAGAUUUUUCAAUGUAUGCAGAUGAUGCAAUUGCUCAUCAGCUUAGCCUUUCAGCCCUUUUUAAUCCCUCGUCCCCUGCUUUGAUCAGACCGGAGCUUUGUCGAUUUGAGCUCGCAAAUGUGCAAGCAGAGGCGCAGCGACUAGAGGAUUAUAAUGCUGCCACAGCAAAUACUGGACCUGUUGAUAAACUGCGUGGAUUCAUGCGUCGAGUGAGUAUUGGAGGAGCAAACAUUAAUUAUGCCGUACCUGAAAAGAAUUCUGGCGAUAUACCUCUUGCAACAAGGAUUCGGAGCACGCCUGGUGUAGAGUUGCCAAGGAUUAACCCUAUCUACCAUGGAUUGGAUUACAAGUAUACCUGGGGUAUCGGCUUUAAAGAACAAAGCGAUGGCGAUAUGUAUGAUUGUAUCAUGAAGCUGCACGUCAAAGGCGAUGCCGAGCCCUUGGUCUGGAGCCAGAAAAACUGCUUCCCAAGCGAGGCAGUGUUUGUGCCGCCACCAGUAUUUGAUCAGAACGAGGAUGCAGGAGUGUUGGUCAGUGUGGUAUAUGAUGCAGAGGCGAACGGCUCGUUUCUUUUAAUUCUGGAUGCCAAGGACCUGGUAGAAAAAGCACGUGCGGUCUUGCCAGAAAUAGUCCCAUUAUCAUUUACAAAUGGCUGUUUUGCACCUGGUGAUAUCAGUAGAGGCAUGCAGGAAGCCUCACCUCCUGCUGCCAUCAGCGAUGAUGAGGAAUAAAUAAACUUGUAGACAAUCAAGAGACUGCAGUCAUGUGUCUUAUCGCACCUUUCCAGAUCUUUUUCCUGACGUCUCCUUAAUAUAGCUCAUUUUACUACUCACAUCAUUCUUAC